AUAGAUAGAUAGAUAGAUAGAUAGAUAGACAGACAGAUAGAUAGAUCUCCCCUUAACUCACAGAGACCAGAGUCUGACAGGAUUCUGAGGGAUUCCUGCCAGAGAGCUGCCAUCUCUGGAAGCCCCCACCCCCACCCGGGUGAAUCUUUUUGCUGUGGAGUGCGGGCCUGGAGCUAGGUGAGGCCUGAGCCUCCAUUUCAGGGGCUUUCUGUAGAAUCUGUUGCUGCUGUUGCCUUCAGUAGAUUCUGUUUCAGGAAGAGGUUUGCCUGCCUGCGCGGGACAGCGGUGCCAUUCAUCACUGCAGGAGGGCAGAAUCCGGGGCUGGGGGCCGCACGUCGAGAGGGGAGGGGCCAGGGGGCGGCCCCCUUGUGACCAGCCCUGAGGAGAGGUCAGGAGAGAAGGCUGGCUGAGGAGCGCCUGGACAGCAGCAGUUGCUGACGUUCUAUAUCACGCGCCUGGGGCUCAAGGAUACAGGGAAAGAACGUCAGAGGAAGCUGCACCAAAGCGAGGCUGCGCAGGGCGCAAAAAAGCAGUCAGAGGGUGGCGCCUUUUUUAAAGAAGUUUCCAUCCUUUCCAUCCUAAAGCUGAGACCGUUCCCCACCCCCACCGUCCGCUAGCCUUCUGUUCCCAGUCCCCUGGCCCCCGCAUGAUCUGAUCGCCUUAAAGCAGUCGCAGCUCGUUUCCAGACGCCUUGCUCCUCAGGUCGGGCAGUGAUCCGAUGGCCCAGGUUCGAGAAACUUCUUUGCCCUCCGGCUCUGGGGCUCGCUGGAGCUCGGGAGGUGGGGGAGGAGCCUCGCCUGAGGAGGCGGUUGAGAAGGCGGGGAAAAUGGAGGAGGAGGCGGCGGGGGCGACGAAGGCGUCUUGGGGCCAGGAAGCUGAGGAGAUGAAGCUGGAGCCAUUACAGGAGCGUAAGCCUGCACCGGAGGAGAACUUGACGUGGAGCAGCAGCGGCGGCGACGAGAAGGUGCUCCCUUCUAUCCCCCCUCGCUGUCACAGCAGCUCCUCGCCCGUUUGCCCGCGCCGCAAGCCCCGCCCUCGGCCCCAGCCCCGGGCCCGUUCCCGCUGCCUGCCCGGGCUCUCGGCCCCACCCCCGCCUCCGGCCCGGCCCCCGCUCCCGCCGCCACCCCCGCCCCCACCCGCACCGCGGCCCCGGGCCUGGCGUGGAUCCCGGCGCAGAACCCGGCCUGGUUCCAGGCCUCAGACACGGAGAAGCUGCUCUGGUUACCUAGACGGCUCGAGGGAUCCUGGCGGUUUAGGGGACUGGUUACUGGAGGUCGAGUUUGGGCAGGGUCCCACAGGCUGCUCUCAUGUGGAGAGCUUUAAAGUAGGUAAGAACUGGCAGAAGAACCUGAGGUUGAUCUAUCAGCGUUUCGUUUGGAGUGGGACCCCAGAGACUAGGAAACGUAAAGCAAAGUCAUGCAUCUGUCAUGUAUGUAGUACCCAUAUGAACAGACUCCACUCUUGUCUCUCCUGUGUCUUUUUCGGCUGCUUCACUGAGAAACAUAUUCACAGACAUGCCGAAACAAAACAGCACCACUUAGCUGUAGAUCUUUAUCAUGGGGUUAUAUAUUGCUUCAUGUGUAAGGAUUAUGUAUAUGACAAAGACAUAGAACAGAUUGCCAAAGAAACAAAAGAAAAAAUUUUGAGAUUCUUAACUUCCACCUCAACAGACGUUUCUCAUCAACAGUUUAUGACAUCAGGGAUAGAAGACAAGCAAGCAAUCUGUGAGACAAAGGAACAGGAACCAAAAUUGGUGAAACCCAAAAAAAAGAGAAGAAAAAAGUCAGUCUAUACUGUAGGCCUGAGAGGGCUAAUCAAUCUUGGGAACACUUGUUUUAUGAAUUGUAUUGUCCAGGCACUUACCCAUAUUCCUCUACUGAAAGAUUUUUUCCUCUCUGACAAGCACAAAUGUAUAAUGACAAGCCCCAGCUUGUGUCUGGUCUGUGAAAUGUCUUCGCUUUUUCAUGCUAUGUACUCUGGGAGCCGAACUCCUCACAUUCCCUAUAAGUUACUGCAUCUGAUAUGGAUUCAUGCAGAACAUUUAGCAGGGUACAGGCAGCAGGAUGCCCAUGAGUUCCUUAUUGCUAUAUUAGAUGUGUUACAUAGACACAGCAAAGAUGAUAGUGGUGGGCAGGAGACCAAUAACCCCAACUGCUGUAAUUGCAUCAUAGACCAAAUCUUUACAGGUGGCCUGCAGUCAGAUGUCACAUGUCAAACCUGCCAUAGUGUUUCCACCACCAUAGACCCAUGCUGGGAUAUCAGUUUGGACUUGCCUGGCUCUUGUGCCACAUUUGAUUCCCAGAACCCGGAGAGGGCUGAUAGCACAGUGAGCAGGGAUGACCACAUACCAGGAAUCCCCUCACUUACAGACUGCCUACAGUGGUUUACAAGGCCAGAGCAUCUAGGAAGCAGUGCCAAAAUCAAAUGCAAUAGUUGCCAAAGCUACCAGGAGUCUACUAAACAGCUCACAAUGAAAAAAUUACCCAUUGUGGCUUGUUUUCAUCUCAAGCGGUUUGAACAUGUAGGCAAACAGAGGCGAAAGAUUAAUACCUUUAUCUCCUUUCCCUUGGAGCUUGAUAUGACUCCAUUUUUGGCCUCUACUAAAGAGAGCAGAAUGAAAGAAGGCCAGCCACCAACAGAUUGUGUGCCCAAUGAGAAUAAGUAUUCCUUGUUUGCAGUGAUUAAUCACCAUGGAACUUUGGAAAGUGGCCACUAUACCAGCUUUAUCCGGCAACAAAAGGACCAGUGGUUCAGCUGUGAUGAUGCCAUCAUCACCAAGGCUACCAUUGAGGACUUACUCUACAGUGAAGGGUAUUUACUGUUCUAUCACAAACAGGGCCUAGAGAAAGACUAGUUUUACCAGACCACUUACUGAAAAAAAAGUAAAUGAUUAGGCAAGUAUUUGAAGUGACACACAAACCUACUUGGAAUGGACAACGAUAAUAACACCUUUAUGACAGGUAGUAUCUUGAUGUAAAGAACCUGUUUUAGCAUGGCUCAUGGGUAUGUAGGAAGGAAAAAAUGAAUACUAACCAGUGACCUUUCAACCUUCAGAAAUGAGGAGAGGGAGAAGAGGUUGAAAAUGGUCUCAUAAAGCAUAAUCAAAUGAAAAGAAUGCCUUAGGUGGGGAGAAAAGGAGUAGAGGUGUUCUGAUGCUACUAUAUGUCAUUUGUUUCUACAGAAAUACCAUGUGAAGUCAAAGUAUUCCUUUAUCAGCAAAAACUUCACAAUUGGUGUUCCAGCUGUGGCUGGCCAGCCAAAUAGUUUGAAAGAAAAAUACUAUUUUAAAAUAAAAUUUAAAAAGCUUUAAAAGAAAAACAUUUAAAAAGGAAAAAAAAUCAUUUAUAAAGUUUGAAAAAAUUUUUAAAUGUUGAAAAAAUUUGAGUUGAUAUUUUUAAAAAAUAUUUUAAAAAUUAAAAAUAAUUUUUUAAUUUAAAGAAGUUUCAGAAUUUUAAAAAUUAAAAGCAAAUGAAAUUAAGAAAUUCUUAAAGUUUAAAAAUGUAAAAUAGAUUAAACAAGGAACAAGGUUAAAAAUAAAAGUUUACCAAAAAAUGAAAAAAAUACUGUUAAAAAUUAACGAGAAAAAAGGAACAUCUUAAAACUUAAAAGUUUCAAAUGAAGGAAAAUAAUAUAAAUAGAUAUGUCAAAAUUAAAGCAUAAAAUAUGCAUAUUUAAAAAGUUAACAAAAUUAUUACUGUAAUGAUUAAGAAAUAAAUUUUCAAAAAUACAGAAUGGAAUGCAAUUCAAAUUUUAGAGAAAAGUUUAAAGGAGGAAAGUUUAAAAUAAUUCGAGACAAAAAGACAAAAUUUGUUUAAAGACAAAAAUUGAAAAAAAGUAGGAAGAAAAUGCUUGUGAAAUAAGAACUUUACAUAAGUUCAAUUCAGGAGAUUUAAAUGAAAAUUUAAAAUAUUUAAUUAAAGAUUCUAAAAUAUAAACUUAAAACAGUUACAUAAAAAUUGACAAAUGAAAAAAUGUAAAACAAGUAGAAAAAUAUUAAAAUGAAAAGUUUAAAAGGUUCUAUUUUUUUAUUUAAGCAUAUUAAAAUACAGACGGGUAUGAAAGAAAUAAAUGGAGGAGACAGGAAUAAUAAGACGGGGUAUGUCAGCAUAUAUAUUUUUGAGCUUUAUGUUGAUAUAUCAAUAUAAUUUGCAAAAGGAAAUAGACAUUUUAAUCAUUAUCUUACCAUUAUUUUGUGAGAUGGCUGCAAGGCCUAAACACUAACCCACCUUCCCCUCUGAGAUUCUUUUUUUUUGAGACAGAGUUUUGCUCUUGUUACCCAGGCUGGAGUGCAAUGGUGCGAUCUCGGCUCACCGCAACCUCCGCCUCCUGGGUUCAGGCAAUUCUCCUGCCUCAGCCUCCUGAGUAGCUGGGAUUACAGGCACACGCCACCAUGCCCAGCUAAUUUUUUGUAUUUUUAGUAGAGACGGGGUUUCACCAUGUUGACCAGCAUGGUCUCGAUCUCUUGACCUCGUGAUCCACCCGCCUCGGCCUCCCAAAGUGCUGGGAUUACAGGCUUGAGCCACCGCGCCCGGCCCCCCUCAGAGAUUCUAUGCCCCAUCUCAUAUCCUGAAGGAAGUUAAAUUACUUCCUAGGCAUAAUCAAUUCAUCUGAGAAAAAUGAAAACAUUAGGGACUUUCACAUUUAGAACUGCAUUAUUCAUACAAAUUCUUAGCUUCUGAAAAGGGGUUCUUGAUAAUUUGGUGUCUUAGAGAAAUUAGCUCACAGCUGUGAAGCUCUGGCUUUUGUAUUUGAGCCCCAUGGCCUGAUUGAGGAAGUGGCAGGGACCCAUAUCUGAGGCCCUCCCUCCCACCCUCCUUUUUAGCCUUUAAUUUCCGUAGUAGAGUUAUGGGUUUGUGCUUGGAGUCCUUCUGCUCAUUCGUUAUUCCUUCUUUAUUUCCUUUUUUCGUCACUCAUGCCUAGUUUCCUGAACCCCUCACUUACCUGGCCUUACCUACAUCUCUGAGCCCUAGCCUGUAGGGCUCCUUCUUUGACUAUUUACCUGGUGGCUUUUACUCUUCCUUCAAGACCUGGCUCACAGAUGACUUUUCUGGAGCCCUCCCUGAAUGUUCUAGGAAGGUAUAAAUGGGAAAAUUGUUCCUUCCUCCCCCUCUUUAUUCCUCUCACUGUGCCUCCAAAGUACUUUGUCCAUACCUCAGUGAUAGUACUUAUUCUACUGUGAUUUUAUUGUAGCUUUGUGAUUGUCUGCCCCUCUGCACUGAGCGUCCUGAGAACAGGGGGCUAAGCCUUAUUCAUUUCUGUGUUAAUAAAUAUUUGUUGAGUGUGAA